CACAAGUAAUUUGAUGUCGCAAAAUCAAACCGGAAACGCGUUCUUUUUCAUCAAGCACCAUGACGGCGACUACUAAGAAACCCCAGGUGCCAGAAUCUCUCCUGAAAAGGAGAAAGGAACACAAAGUUCACCGAGAACGAGUCAAGGCCAAGGCUCUCACUCAAAGAAAGGAAAGAAAACAGAAGAGAAAGUUAAUCUUCAAGAGAGCCCAGGCAUACGUGAAGGAAUACCGCACCAUGGAGAAACAAGCCAGAGGAUUGGUUAAAGUUGCUGCUAAACACGACAACUUCUACGUUCCAGCUGAACCUAAAAUUGUUUUCGUCAUGAGAAUCAGAGGUAUCAAUAACAUCCAUCCUCGACCUAGAAAGAUCAUGCAACUUUUACGUUUACGACAGAUUAAUAAUGGUAUCUUUCUGAGGUUGAACAAAGCUACCAGCAACAUGUUGAAACUAGCUGAACCUUACAUCACAUGGGGAACACCCAAUCUAAAGACAGUACGAGAUUUGAUAUACAAGCGAGGUUUUGCUAAAAUUAAGGGCUCAAGAAUCCCUCUUACAGACAAUGCUUUGAUUGAAAAUAUUCUUGGUGAUGGUGCCUGA